AUAGUGACGUUAGUGCAAUCGAUAGUUCUCCACCUUAAUACACAGCAAAUGUUUUUUUUUCUCCACCAACAUUUAAUUUAAACAAAUUAAAGAACUAUGUGCCACAUAUCAAAUUGGAUAAAAAUUGCACUGGCGGUUUUGUUGAUAAACAUAUUCUGGCUGUUUAAGGUGUAUCCUCCAGCAGGAGAUGCAUCAACGAACUGCAAGACAGCAGAGCACGCCGCUCCAACGGCUCGAAGUCGCAUCGCGGUGGACUGCCCCUAGCAUCCAGAUAUUGCCUUUUCGUUGAUACAGCCGCUCACAGGACUGGACAGCUCGCUCACUGCGAACAACACGGCCGCGAUGGCAUUCGACAAUGUUGAUCUGAGGUAUGGUCGGUGGGAUAGCCAGCAUUUGUACAAGAUCAAGGACUUUGCUCUCCUGGGCGAACAGUACACGGAGUCCUCCUCAGAGUCAUCCUUGGUCUGUCUCGCCACUCAAACUUCGGUCGAGCGGUUGAAUUCCCUGCCCCAGGUUGCGGCCAACUGGCACGGACCGAUGUCGGUGGCCGUCUUCUGUGCUAGUCACGAGGAAUUUGUUGUCCUGCAAUACUUUGUGACAUAUAUGCGGCUGUGUUUCCCAAACAUAAGGGAGAACGCCACAUUCCACUUGUUGACUCCACCCGACUACGAAAAGCUGCCCCGACUCGUAUCCAUUUCGUUCAAUAUGCGGGGAAAAUUCGACUGCCAGUAUCCAGAUAGAACGCUGAAGGCUUUGCUGAAACUCCGGAGUCUGAAAAGCUUGCAGUGGCGACAAAGGAAUCCCUAUCCUCAGAAUCACAUGAGAAACUUAGCCCGCAAAGGCUGCCAGACAAAGUACACCUUUCUCACCGACAUCGACAUAGUGCCCAGCACGAACAGUGUUCCUCUGCUCAACCAGUUCUUGAAAACCGCCAAUUGCUCAAAAAACUGCGCAUACGUAAUACCUACUUUCGAGAUAGACGUCCGAGCCUCAUUUCCCCGCUCAAAGUAUGGCCUACAGAGGUUACUGAAAAAGGGCCUGGCGAGACCAUUUCACGAAAAAGUCUUCAUCUACAACCAGUACGCGACAAACUUUACCAAAUGGUUAUCGUCAACUACAAAUGAUACGGAGGUCUCCAUAAGCCACAUCGUUACAAACUUUGAAUUUUUAUAUGAACCAUUUUAUAUAGCAAUCGACAGUGCGCCGGCACAUGAUGAACGAUUCACAGGCUAUGGGUUCACCAGGAAUUCCCAGGUGUAUGAAAUGCAUAUUGCUGGAUAUCAGUUCUAUGUAUUGACGCCUGUUUUUACUGGCCAUUGGGGCCUUCAGAGGAAGCAGGCGAGACCUGCCUGGCGAGAGCAGCAGAACAAUGUGAAUCGCAGGAAAUUCGAUGUUUUUAAAAGCGAAAUAUUUUUGCGGUACAAAAAUGAUCCACGCCUGUUGCUACAGUCUAAGAAGAAUCAAAUCCUAAUCAAAUAAAUUAGUUGAAAAUUUUGAAGCUCAGAAAUGUUCUACAUCGAAGGGGUCGGACAGACAAUUUCUAAUUAAUGGAACGUAAACUAAACUACCAAUAAAAG